CGCGACUGGCCCCGCGAGCGCCGCGUCCCACAGGAGAGUUGGCAGCACACGCCGCCGCCCUCCAGGUUCAUCCAGCCAGGCCAGGAUUGCCGCUGCCGUCACACCCAGGCCGACCUUCCUAUCGCGUGCCUGCUCGUCCCAGCUAUCUACGGAGCCAGCUAUAUAGCCAUUGACGACCCCCAUGCGUCCCAGGCCGUGGCCGCCGCUCUCCGAACUCUUCGACCUCUGGCUGCGUGAAUGGCACGCUCACAUAUUGCCGUCGCCUUCGGCGCCGCGCUCUUCGCCUCGCUGAUCAUCAGCCAGCUUGUGAUUAAUCUGGGAUUCCCGCAGGUCGACUUCUGGCACUGGAGACUGGACCAGCAGCAGUAUGACCGCACGCAGACGCACUUCUUCAGCGAGAAGCAGGCCGGGGACGCUGCGGAGGAUGCGUCGCAGUACCUCAUAGGCGUGGGGAAGGCGGACAUCACUGGACCCGUCGUUGAGCUCAACCUGAUGGGCUAUGCGAACACCUCGCAAGUGGGCACCGGCCUCCGCCAACGCCUCUACUCCCGCGCCUUCAUCGUAGGCAGCCCGAGCGACACGAGCGAGCGCUUCGUAUACAUGGUUUUGGAUACCCAGUCGGGAGACACGGCUAUCCGAAACGGCAUCCUGGAGGGCCUGCAGGCCAUGGGCUCGGACUACUCCAUCUACACCCAGAAGAAUGUAGCCGUAACAGGGACGCACAGCCAUUCUGGGCCGGGCGCGUGGUUGAACUAUCUGCUGCCGCAGAUCACGAGCUUGGGAUUCGAUAAGCAGAGUUACCAGGCCAUCGUGGACGGAGCACUGUUGUCUAUCAAGAGGGCACACGAGGGCUUGACCCUUGGAACCGUCAGUUCCGGCGCGGCGAAGGUCUCCGACGCGAACAUCAAUCGCAGCCUGUACGCCUACCUGGCCAACCCGGAAUCCGAGAGGGCCCGGUACAGCGAUAACGUGGACAAGACGAUGACUCUGCUCAAGUUCACAAGAGCCAGCGACGGGAAGAACAUCGGCAUCCUGAACUGGUUCGCCGUCCACGGUACCAGUUUACUCGGAAACCAGACCAUCGUUGCGGCUGACAACAAGGGCGUGGCUGCCUAUCUCUUCGAGCAAGAUGUCGCUGCGAAUGCGGACGCAGCCAACGCCGCGUCAGGCUUCGUUGCAGGCUUUUCGCAAGCGAAUGUCGGGGAUACCACGCCCAAUGUUAACGGCGCGUGGUGCGAAGAUGGCUCGAACCAGGAGUGCAAGCUCGAAGACAGUACGUGCGGCGGUAAAAGCCAGGACUGCCAUGGCCGAGGGCCCUACUUCGGAUUGAACGACGGAGGCGCAAAAUCCUGCUACGAGAUCGGAAAGCGUCAGUACGCGGGCGCGAAGGGCAUAUACGACUCCGACAGCUUUACUGCUAUCUCUGGGAGCGUGCGGUCUUUCCAUACCUUUGUCGACUUCUCCAACUUCACCUUCACCUUGAAGAACGGAACCACCGUGUCGACUUGUCCUGCUGCCCUGGGUAACUCCUUCGCAGCUGGCACCUCCGACGGUCCUGGCGCUUUUGACUUCGUGCAGAACGAUCCCGGAGCACCUGAAAAUCCCUUCUGGAACAUCGUCGGAAGUGCGAUCGCUCCUCCAGGCCCCGAGCAGAUCAAGUGCCAGUACCCGAAGCCUGUCCUUCUAAAUGUCGGCGAGGCCAAGGUGCCCUAUGCCUGGUCUCCCAACAUUGUCGACGUCCAAGUCCUCCGCGUUGGCCAAUUCAUCAUCGUCGUUUCGCCCGGUGAAGCAACCACCAUGUCCGGCCGUCGAUGGAGAGAAGCCGUCUACAACCAAGCUAUCUCAUCAAACCUAGUUUCUUCCUCCACCCCACCAAUCGUUGUGCUGGGUGGUCCUGCGAACAGCUACACGCACUAUAUCGCCACGGAAGAAGAGUACAGCGUGCAGCGCUACGAGGGUGCAUCGACCCUCUACGGGCCGAAUACGCUUAAUGCAUACAUCAAUUCCACAUUGACCCUCCUCCCCUUCCUCGCCGACGACGUUCAGGGCACGUCCCCCGCCGGCCCCUCACCCCCCGACAACCGCGACAACAGCAUCUCGCUCAUCACUGGCGUCGUCUACGACGGUGCUCCGCUCGGCAAGAAGUUCGGCCAAGUCGUCACAGACGUGUCUUCAUCCUACACCCGCGGCUCGCUCGUCAAAGCGACUUUCGUCGGCGCAAAUCCGCGCAACAACCUCCGUCUGGAGGGCACUUUUACCGCCAUCGAACAGCAAGCCAGUGACGGCAGCUGGACACAGAUCAAAAACGACCAGGAUUGGGAGCUCGUGUACGAGUGGAAGCGCACGAACGGGCUCACGGGCACGAGCGAGGUGACCAUCAGCUGGGACACGGGGACGAAGUGGGAAUCGGAUUCGAGUGCCCCGGCCACGGGAACGUAUCGGAUUAAGUACUAUGGGGAUUCGAAGAGUGUGGGAGGGACUAUCACGCCGUUCAAUGGGACGAGCGGUGCGUUUACGCUGACAUAGGGGUUGUUUGGAAGGCGGGCGUUUGGGACUAAUGGAGUGUUGUACAUGAUUGAUGAUAUGGAAUCGGGCUUUGUAGUCUAAUGUUAAUAUUGUUUUUCGGAUGUCGGUUGAGACCUUUGUUGUGUUUCUAGAUCGGCCUUGGCUGAAAUCAUGGUUAUAGGACAUCUAUCUGCGGAGACGGUGGUGAGUGACUACUCGCAGAGGAGACUACUCUGAUUUUCACCCCACAACGUCCCACAUCCGUCUGUCUGUCUGCCUGUCUGUCUGUCUAAGUCAUCAAACGUCCUUUCUACAGUACAACACGGCUUGCUUAUUGCAAUCCCAAAACCCGGUAUUUAGACUUGAUUCGUCGCAGAGAGUAUAU